AUGCAUGUAUGUGUUCAAACAAGGUUUAUAUCAAAUAUGCAUAGGGAUUGCUUGGUACAUUUAUUAUACUUUUUAAUUUCAUGGCUACCAAUGAACGCACACAACGAAGCAAUAUUUGACUGUUUAGAAGACUACAUGGACGAGUUGAUUGAAAAUUUCGAGGAUUUCGCGAAGAAGUCUCUUGUGUUAAUAACCGCGGCUCUGGGUAGUAUUGUACUCAUGGCCAUGUACUUCCUGAGAAAAGUAACAUCUCGCAACAAUCCGAACAUAAACAUUCGUAGAGAUAAAUGUGAGAGUAAAUCAUGCUGUAGGCCAAAAGAACUCGCUCUAAAGUGUAGUACCUCAAAGAAAUGCAAAAAAGAAAAGAGCUCAUGUAACAGACGAAUGCUAAUGUGCAACAAGAAGACAUGUUCAGUCCAAGAGACUAUGGAUGACAGUAUUAAAAGUAGUAGGUCGAGUUCAGAAGAAAAGCUUAUAAGAGAAGUAAAACUGUCUGCUUGUUCAAAGACCUUUCCUUCUUGCGACCAAAAUGGAACAAAGAAUACUGAGUCGAACUCCAGAGUUACUCUGAUAUCAGCUAAUCUCGAAGAAAUGCAAACACAGACGGCCCCUAAAGAUCAGCCACUCACUAAACCAACCUUUACUCCCGGGUGCUUACCAAAACAUCACUUGUCAAAGCCACGGCCAUGUGCGAGAUAUAUUGCUAUUCGCAAUUCCUGCUGCUCAAUGUGCUGCUACGAUGACGACAGGCGGUGA